GCAGCAUGCUCUUCCUCGGCUCCCUCCCCGGCUUCCUCUUCGCUGGCUGGCUGGUGCGGGCGCUGGGGAGGCGGUGGUCCAUGGUCGCCGCUUCCCUGCCGGGUCUGCUGGGCGCCAUCUUGAUCUGCCUGGCGCUGAACACCGAGAUGGUCCUCGUGGGAAGGUUCCUCGAGGGCGCGAUGUUCGGGAUGAUGGGCGUGGCGACGAGGACCUACAUCGUGGAGAUCGCCGACACCGAGAUUCGAGGCUCGGCGGCCGUCGUGGUCAACCUGAUGAUGCAGGUCGGCAGCGUCUCCGUGAUCGCCCUCGGCAUCCCUCUGAAGUGGUACCAGGUGUCCUUCGUCAGCAUCGGCAUCCUCGCCUGCUACUGCCUCCUGCUGGUUCCUUGGCUGCCCGAGAGCCCCACGUUCCUGAUCGUCACCAACAAGGACGAGGAAGCGAAGGCCGUCCUGCGGCGCCUGCGGGGCCCGGACGUCGACGUCUCCAAGCUGCUGCAGAGCCUGAGGAAGCAAAACGAGGGCGUCCAGAACACCGUCGGCUGGGGGUUCCUCCUGAAGCGAGACAUCCUGCGGCGGGAGCUGAUCCUUUUCUGGCUGUUCUUCUUCGCGAACUUCACGGGCUUUCAGGUCAUCAAGGCCGACACGGCAAGGAUGGUGGCGUCGUCGGACUUCGCUCUCGACGGCAAGCUCAGCGCCAUGCUGGUCAACGCCAACCUCUGCGUCGGCAACCUCUUCAUGCUUCUCAUCCUGGACCGCGUGGGGCGUCGCCGGUGCUUUGUCCUGUCGCUGUGCUUGCUCCUGGUUGCCUACGCCAUCCUGGGCACGUUCACCUUCUACAGCGAACAGGACGCGGUGCUUCCGGUGGAGAUAGAGCUGCCUCUCCUCGCGGAAUCGAAUUCAACCGUGGAAUAUUUCUACGAGAAUGUGCCGUCCGAGACCUCCUGGAGCUGGGUGCCCCUGGCGUGCCUGAUGCUGGCGGCCCUGGGACAGAGCCUGGGGACGGGCCCCAUCCCCUGGAUCCUCUCGCCCGAGUACUUCCCCACCGCCAUCAGGUCGCAGGCGAUGAGUAUCUGCACCCUGAUGGGCAGCCUGCAGGCCUUCGCCAGCUUACAGCUGUUCAGCCCCAUGCAGAACCUGCUGACGGAGGCCGGCCUCUACUGGACCUACAGCUGCACCGCCGGCGUUGGGAUAGUGUACACGCUGCUGUUCCUUCAGGAGACCAGCGGCGCGUCUGUCGGCUGAACAGCUGAGCGUGUGGAGCAGCUUCGUGAAUUAUAGUCGUCUGAGUGAAUAUAUGUAUUUAAAUUUGCGCGUCAUACAAACACAAACGCAUACAAACACACACACAAACAUGCACAC